UUUAAAUUCAAAGCCCAACAAACCAAAACCCCAAUCGCUUAAACCUAAAACCUCUCUUCUUCUUCAUAUCCCCCACACACUAAACCCUAACUGUGUGAAAUCUCCGAAAAUGGCGGACGUAGUCCAAUACAAGCUAGAGCGCAUGGUCCGAGAGCUCGACGACCUCGAGCGCCGCAACCUCUUCACCAAGUCCGAAAUCUCCGAGAUCGUCAAACAGCGCCGCAAGUUCGAGUACAGACUCAAGCGCCCCAGCCCACUCAAACAAGACUACCUGAAUUACAUUGAGUAUGAGAAGAAUUUGGAUAAGCUUAGGUUCUUACGACGCAAGGCGGUGUCGAGAGAGCUCAAGAAAAAUGGCAAUCAGAGGAUGAAGAAAUCGGUUUCUGACUAUUCGGGGGUAUCGAGAAUUAUCGAGAUUUAUAAGCUGGUUACGAAUAGGUUUAAGGGUGAUUUGGAGAUUUGGUUUCAGUUUCUCGAGUUUUGUAGGAUAAAAAAGAAUGGGCAUUUGAAAAAGGCCCUUGCUCAGGUAGUUAGGUUUCAUCCCAAAGUACCAGGGGUUUGGAUAUAUGCUGCUGCUUGGGAAUUUGACACCAACUUGAAUGUAGCAGCUGCUCGUGCUCUAAUGCAUGCUGGAUUAAGAGCGUGCCCAACUUCAGUUGAUCUAUGGGUAGAGUAUAUUCGUAUGGAGCUGACUUAUCUUAAUAAGUUGAAAGCUCGAAAAGUUGCUCUUGGGGAAGACGAGGGAACACUGUCUCGAGAGCAUCUUGAUCCUGCAGAUGAGCAGUGGCGAGAUGAAAAUAAAGAGUUGUUUAUGGCUCUUAAUGACCAUAAGGAAAAGGAUGAGGCAUCAAAUAUUACAAAUGGCGAGGUUGAGAAAAAAUCUGAUCUGUUUGGGGAGCAAGGUCUGAGCAUUCUUCAAACCGUUUACAGCAAUGCAGUGAAAGCCCUCCCUUCAGAUUUUAGUUUGAGAACUCGAAUGUUGGAGAUACUUGAAGCGACAGAGUUAGCACAUUCAGAAGAAAUGAAGAAGAAGAUACUUAAUGACAUGAAAAGAGAUUUUUUGAAAGAAUCCGAGUAUUGGGACUGGCUUGCGAGAAGUGAAGCAGGUCAACUUCUAAAAACCCAUGGAAUGAGUGAAGAUAUUAGCUUACAUAAGUUGGAGAAAGCAAUUCAGAUUUAUGAGGAAGCUGUAGAAAUUGUGCCUUCGCAUAUGAUGUUUAUACAUUAUACAAAAUUUUUGGUUGAUGCGAUUGGUCAACAAAAUGGAAAAAUGCGUAGCUUUACUUUGGCUAAUGGUGUAGAUUCCAUCUCACACAUCUUAAUGGUAUAUGAAAAAGCUGAGAGGAUGGGUUGUCUUACGGAAGAUCUUGCUUGCCAGUAUGUAUCUUUUUUAAUGGAACUGGGAAAAUCUGAUGAAGCUAGGAAACUGGCAGUAAGGCUCUGCAGUGGAAAAUUCUUGGAUGCAGUGCAUUUAUGGAAUUUGCGGCUAUCAAUGGAAAUUAGAUGCAUAACAGAAAAGUCUCCAUCUCUGAGCAAAACUGAUCUUUCAGUUGUCUUCGAACUCUUCAAAAGUAUUCUAAUGAGAAUAUCAGUUUCAAAAGCUCAGAGCUUGUGGCUUAUGGCUCUCAAAUUCUUUGCAAAUCAAAGACGUUAUUUUGACAAGCUGGUGGAGAUAUCCCUUGGUUUAUUGGCUAAAUAUGGUGGUAGCGAUGAUGGCUUUUGCCUUUCUUCUUCAAUUGUUAAUAUAUGUCUUCAAAAAGAUGGAAUUCAGAGUGCCAGAGAGAUCUAUAAGCGAUAUCUUGCUUUACCUCAUCCAGGUCUUGCAUUAUAUCGAAGUUGCAUAGAGCUGGAACAGAACCUUGCAUCUGCAAGUAGUAAACCCAGUCUGGUAGAAGUCCAGAGGUUAUUUGAGACCGCACUAGCAACCUAUGAUCAAGAUGUGAGCUUGUGGCAAGAUUAUCAUAAUAUGGAGACUAAAAUGGGGACUUCAGAAGCUGCUGCUGCUGUCCAUUGGCGUGCAAGGAAGACACUCAAAGAUAAUGCUGCACUACUAACUUCUCAAAGUUUGUGAUGAACAUCUGCAGAUGAUAUCACAUCUCAGUUUUGACCGUGUCCUUGCAGUUUCUUCCCCUUCCAAGUGUCGUACUAGUGUACUGGAAACAAAUGCAAAAUUUUGAGCUCUUUUAAAUAUUUUCUUUUUAAGUUUCAUUUAUAUAUUUAAAAUGCUUUUGUUGUUCUUACAAAUAGAUUAGCUAUUCAUGCUCGUAACUUGAAUUCGAAGGAAUGCGUGUAAAAAUAGUGUCCUAACACAGUCCCUUAAAUCACCAGGACACUUAAUUCCUUGUUACCAA